CCGGCGGGAGGAGAAUCUGUGCUGCCGGGCCCCGAUCAUUCGGCCGCCGCCACCAUGGAGCUGGAGGACGGGUUGGUGUACCAGGAGGAGCCGGGCGGCGCGGCCGUUAUGUCCGAGCGGGUGUCGGGCCUGGCAGGAUCCAUCUACCGCGAGUUCGAGCGGCUGAUCGCGCGCUACGGGGAGGAUGCGGUGAAGGAGCUGACGCCGCUGGUCGUGGCCGUCCUGGAGAACCUGGACUCGGUGUUCGCCGAGAACCAGGAGCAUGAGGUGGAGCUGGAGCUGCUGCGGGAGGACAACGAGCAGCUCGUCACCCAGUACGAGCGGGAGAAGGCGCUGCGCAAGCACGCGGAGGAGAAAUUUAUUGAAUAUGAGGAUUUACAGGAGCAGGACAGGAAGGAGCUGCAGUCGCGCGUGGACAGCCUGGAGUCCGUCACCCGGCAGCUCGAACUCAAAGGCAAAAAUUACGUCGAUCAAAUCAGCCGCCUGGAGGAGAGGGAGGCAGAGAUGAAGAAGGAAUAUAACUCGCUGCACCAGCGGCACUCGGAGAUGAUUCACAAUUACAUGGAGCACCUGGAGCGGGCGAAGAUCCAGCAGAUCACCGGAGGGGAGCCGCCGGAAUCCGCCGCGCUCGGCAAGAUCAAGAAGGAACGUCCCAUCUCUCUGGGGAUCUUCCCGCUGGCUUCCUCCGAUGCGUUGGUUUUACCCGACUCCCGAGACGCCGAAACACCGGGGAACGGUCCGUGGAAACUUCCAGAGCAAAACAACGCCCGUUCCAACACCAGUCUGAAGGAUGAGUUCUUGAAUAUUACCCAGCCGGUUACCAAGACCGGCGACUCCGACAACACGGUCCGCCCGUCCACCAAGGAGAAGAAGGAGGAAAUAAUAAAAGCCAAUUUAAAGAACAACAAUGUAACGAGCAACCGGAAGAGCGAGGAUGUGCCGGUCUCCCCGGAGACCACCGCCACGUCUGCGGGCACCAACGAUAAUGAGGAUAAAUCCGAAGUCCAAUCCAUCAUUGAAUCGACUCCGGAGCUGGACAUGGAUAAGGAGGCCAAAGCGUUCCAGCUGACCAGUACCCCUUCCAAAGGCAUUGAAAACAAAGCGUUUGACCGCAACACAGAGUCCUUGUUUGAGGAGCUGUCAUCCGCCGGGACCGACCUCAUCGGGGACGUCGACGAAGGAGCCGAUUUAUUAGGUGAGACUUUGCCUCGCUUUGCCUCGUUGGGAAAUUCUGCACGAUGUUCCGGCAAACUCUUAACGAACUCUCACGUUCCAGGCAUGGGACGGGAGGUCGAGAAUCUUAUCAUGGAGAACACGCAGCUUCUGGAGACCAAGAACGCCCUGAACGUGGUGAAGAACGAUCUGAUUGCGCGGGUGGACGAGCUCGCGUGUGAGAUGCAGGUGCUGCACGAGGAGCUGCUUUCUGUGAAGCAAGUCAAGAACAAGAUGGAGGAGAGGAACAGGGAGCUGGAGGAAGAGCUCAGAAAGGCGAGGGCAGAGAUGGAGGAAGCGAAGCUGAGAACUAAAGAUGAGGACGAUAGCGAUGUGCCGACGGCGCAGAGGAAGAGGUUUACACGCGUGGAGAUGGCCAGAGUUUUAAUGGAGAGGAACCAGUAUAAGGAAAGACUGAUGGAGCUCCAGGAAGCCGUGCGAUGGACGGAGAUGAUCCGAGCAUCUCGAGAGAAUCCAGCCAUGCAGGAGAAGAAGCGGUCGAGCAUUUGGCAGUUUUUUAGUCGACUGUUCAGCUCGUCUGCCACGGCGUCUAAGAAACCCGACCUUCCUGUUAACGUGAAGUACAAUGCGCCGACCUCGCACAUCACGCCGUCCGUCAGGAAGAAGAGCAGUGCCUUAUCCAGACUUCCCAGCGAUAAAUCCAAAGCCUUCGACUUCCUAAGCGACGAUCUUUCACCAACUAACGAAGCCUCCGCGGCUUCCCGGCGGGAGCAAAAGCGCGAGCAGUACCGCCAGGUGAAAGCGCAUGUACAGAAAGAAGAUGGCCGCAUCCAAGCCUUCGGCUGGAGUCUUCCACAGAAAUACAAGCCGCUGGCAAACGGAGGUCAAAGUGAAAACAAAAUGAAGAACCUUCCGGUGCCCGUCUACUUAAGACCUUUGGAUGAGAAGGAUUCGUCCAUGAAGCUGUGGUGCGCCGUCGGCGUCAACCUGUCGGGUGGAAAGACCAGAGACGGCGGCUCGAUCAUCGGCGCCAGCGUUUUCUACAGCGACCUCCCGGGCUGCGAAGCAGAUGAGCAGAAGCUGCGGAGUGAUUCCCAGAGCAGUCUCGAGAAGCUGGAGCAGGAGCUUAAAGUUCAGCAGAAGGAGCUGAGGCACCAGGAUGAGUUAUCGAGCCUGGUGUGGAUUUGCACGAGUACGCACUCCUCCACCAAAGUCAUCAUCGUGGACGCCAACGACCCCGGAAACAUGCUGGACGGCUUCACCGUCUGCAACUCGCACGUCCUGUGCAUCGCGAGCGUUCCCGGGGCUACGGAGACGGACUACCCCUCGGGGGAAACCACCAAACCAGACGCCGAGUCCUGUCCGGCCGACAAGUCCUCCUUGUCCGAGAGUCUUCAGAGCAGCGGCUCGUCGGGAGCCGACCACGUCGCUGUGGGAGUUAAAGCCGGCGUCGCCUCUGGGGAGGACACGGAAGCUUCCGGGACGCCAGCGCCGAGCGUUACGGAUGCAGAAAAUAAUGCAGAUUCAGAGUCCGUGAGUAACGAGCUUGACGAUAACGUCCCAACGGCAGAAGAAGCCACGGAAGCCACCGAGGUAGGAGUGGGCUCGUCAGAUGACGCCGCCGACAUUGCACAGACUGGAGUCUACACGGAACACGUGUUCACAGAUCCCCUGGGGGUACAGAACACGGCUGAUGACACGCAAGGCUGCCCGCUUAGCGAUGACAGUGACCUGUAUAAAGAUGGCGUGGCCACCUUGCCCACCGAACAGGACCUGAUGAGAGAGGAGGCUCAGAAGAUGAACAGCUUGUUGCCCACCAUGUGGCUUGGGGCACAAAAUGGGCACCUCUAUGUUCACUCGUCUGUCGCUCAGUGGAAGAAAUGUCUCCACAGCAUUAAACUGAAGGAUUCCAUCCUCAGCAUCGUGCACGUUAAAGGGAUAGUGUUGGUCGCUCUGGCGGACGGCACCUUGGCGAUAUUCCAUCGAGCGGUCGAUGGGCAGUGGGAUCUCUCCAAUUACCACCUCCUGGAUUUCGGGCGCCCCCAUCACUCCAUACGCUGCAUGGCUGUGGUGCACGAAAAAGUCUGGUGUGGCUACAGAAACAAGAUCUACAUAGUGCAGCCGAAGGCCAUGAAAAUAGAGAAAUCCUUUGAUGCUCAUCCAAGAAAAGAGAGUCAGGUCCGGCAGCUGGCGUGGGUCGGCGACGGCGUCUGGGUGUCCAUUCGCUUGGAUUCCACCCUGCGUCUGUACCACGCGCACACCUACCAGCACCUGCAAGACGUGGAUAUCGAGCCGUACGUCAGUAAGAUGCUCGGGACCGGGAAGCUGGGCUUCUCCUUUGUGAGGAUCACGGCGUUGAUGGUCUCGUGUAAUCGCCUUUGGGUCGGGACCGGGAACGGCGUCAUCAUCUCGAUCCCUUUGACCGAAACCGUAAUCCUGCACCAGGGCCGGUUACUGGGGUUAAGGGCUAAUAAAGCUUUGCCAGGAUCCGGAAACCGCCCCGGGAGCGUCAUACGCGUCUACGGAGACGAGAACAGCGACAAAGUGACGCCAGGCACCUUCAUACCGUAUUGCUCGAUGGCGCAUGCCCAGCUUUGUUUCCACGGUCACCGCGACGCCGUCAAGUUCUUCGUCUCAGUACCAGGGCAGGUCAUCCCCCCCUCCGGCAGUAACCCUGAUAUCUCGGGAGAGAAGGGGCUCGCGUCCCACCAGGACCCUUCCAGCGCAGACCAGCACAAGUCCAUGCUGGUGAUGAGCGGAGGGGAAGGUUAUAUCGACUUCAGGAUGGGGGACGACGGCAGCGAAUCGGAAAACUUAGACGAAUCCUUACAGUUUGAGCCGUCGGCGGCCAAAGUGGAAAGGAGUCACCUGAUCGUCUGGCAGGUUCUGAACAGCAGCGAGUGAAGCCGGGACGGCCGGGGCCGGCGGGAUUCUGCAUGGUUUUAUCACUAUUCUUUUUAUUAUUAUUUGGGACUCUUUAGUCAGAC